AAUUAUAUUUAUUUGGGAUUUUUUGGGUAAGUAUUGCCUUAUAGGGCAUUGCAGCCAUUUCUUGCAAAUGAAAAUCUUGCUCAGGUACUAAUCUUCUGGUUUAGCAGCUUGAUUGGUCAAUAUGGUAAUUAGCAAGGGAUCUUUCUCUUACAUUGAAACUGCCUCCUCUUUGUUUGUUCUAUGUUGAAAAGAUCUGUCUUCUUGUUGUGGAUCAUCAAUCCUUACAAAAACCAAUAGAGAUCAGAGACACUAGCUUCUAGGCUUUUAGAUUUGAAGAAGCCUAGAUCAGAAACGACUGAUUUUUGAACUGGGUUGCCAUUCACAUUUCUUGUACCCUCCUUGGAAAGUGUACAUCUUGCAGAGAUAUUUUGCAAGGUUAAGGAAACUUGUUGAUUUGUUAGUAAAAUUUGUGUCUUGGGAGCUUUCAAGUUGAGCCCAGGUAAAAAAGUUUUUACUUUUUUAUAGGAAUUCAGUCAGUUGCAAGAUGCACAGUUAAGGAAAGAUUGAGUUUUGAGGUGAUCAGGUUGUUUUUCUCUCCUGUUUUUUGUCAUAAAAUAGUGAGUUAUGGUGGAGGGUGAAAAUUUGGAAGCCUGUAGUGAGGUUGGUGGGGGAGAAGAUGAACGAAAAGGAGGGUUCUUUGACUGUUUUUGGACGCCAAUUUAUUGGUUCAAGAUGCUCGCUAAUGAGACACAUUGGAGUUUUGUAUUUGGUGUAUUGGUUGUGUAUGGCAUAAACCAAGGACUUGGUGGAGCUUUUAAUCGUGUUGGCACUGACUAUUACAUGAAGGAUGUUCAAAAGGUGCAGCCUUCUGAAUCACAGAUUUACCAAGGAAUCAUUUCAAUUCCAUGGCUUGUCAAGCCUCUCUGGGGUCUCCUCACUGAUGUUCUUCCAAUUUUAGGGUACCGGAGGCGGCCUUAUUUCAUCUUUGCUGGAUUGCUUGGCGUGGUCUCCAUGCUCUUGUUGUCGUUCCAUGAGAACCUCCAUAUUGCAUUUGCUUUGUUGUCAUUGACGGCUGGUAGUGCUGGUGCAGCGAUAGCAGAUGUAACCAUCGAUGCCUGUGUGGCUCAGAAUAGCAAUACUCGCCCAUCCCUUGCAGCUGACAUGCAAAGCUUGUGUGCUCUCAGUUCAUCCAUUGGAGCAUUAAUGGGAUUCUCUCUCAGUGGUAUUUUUGUGCACCUAAUUGGCCCUAAGGGGGUGUUCGGCUUGCUAUCAAUUCCAGCUGGACUCGUAUUUUUAGUUGGAAUUUUGCUUGAUGAGCCCUUCAUGCCUAACUUCUCUUAUAGACAGGUAAACCAGAAGUUUGUGGAUGCCGGUAAGGCAAUGUGGAGAACUUUGAAAUUCCCAGAUGUGUGGAGACCAUGUGUUUAUAUGUACUUAUCCAUCGCAUUGAGCAUAGAUAUCCAUGAAGGCUUGUUCUACUGGUACACAGACUCAAAGGGGGGUCCAUCUUUUUCUCAGGAGACUGUUGGUUUCAUAUUCUCAAUUGGUUCGAUAGGAUCUCUCUUAGGAGCAUUACUCUAUCAAAAUGUUCUGAAGGAUCACCCAUUUCGAAACCUACUUUUCUGGAUUCAAUUGCUAUUUGGUUUGUCUGGAAUGCUAGAUUUGAUGCUGGUGCUGCGUUUGAACUUGAAAUUCAGCAUACCAGAUUAUUUCUUCAUUGUCAUUGACGAGAGUGUCUCUCAGAUGAUUGGAAGGCUAAAGUGGAUGCCCCUUCUUGUGCUCAGUUCUAAGCUUUGCCCCCCUGGGAUUGAAGGCACUUUCUUUGCUCUACUAAUGUCAAUUGAUAACGUUGGACUCCUCUCAUCUCAAUGGGGCGGAGGCUUUAUUCUUCACUUACUAAAAGUUACUCGGACAAGAUUUGAUAAUCUCUGGAUCGCCAUUUUGACCCGGAACAUAUUGCGAGUCACUCCACUUUGUUUACUAUUUCUUAUUCCGAGAGGUGAUCCCAACGCUUCAAUACUUCCAACUGAAAUCUUAGGUGCAAAAGAGGAGGCUGAAAAUGAGAAUAUCGAAUUAGUGUCCCUCGUCAGCAGUGUUGAUGGUAAAUAGCUUAAACAAGAUUGUUCAAACUGAACAUGUUCAAGUUUUCUUAGUGCAAAUACAGAGGCCUAUGCUAAAAUCUCUCAAGAACACAGAUUACUGACUUUGGGGGAUCUGAAACAAGAAACUGCUGCGAACAGCGCAACGUAUAAUUGCACUCAUCAUCUUCUGAUUUAUUUUUUGAAAUCAUUGUUCAACCUGAUAAGAUUGAGUUCAGAAAAGAUGCCUGAAUUAGCAAACAAGGAACGUUAUUUUGUAUUUUUUCAACACAAUCAUUUGAUUCCGUUUGUAGGCAAAUACUAGAGAAUUUUAGUAUGUAAAAAUGUACUGCAGGAGCACUUGAGAGUUGAUUUAUAUAAGCUCAAGAAAUAUUUUUAUGCA